GGAACAAUAUCACAUGCAACAGCCAUUUCGGCGUACUCUUCCCGCGUCUGUUCCCCUUUGCUUUGUUCUGUGCGACUGGAGAAGUAAAGCGAACGGUUGCUGAUACCAUUUUAGUCUCCCAUCAGAGUCUGUACUGAGGUGGUAGAGAUGGUGAAACGCAAAGCGGAAGCAACUGCAGCUGAAACCGACGGUAAUGAUGCAGCACCUGCUGGUGAUGCACCUCCAGCCAAGAGGUCAAGGGGCAGACCUAAGGGCUCCGGCAAACCCAAGAAAGCUGUCGAUCCUGACGCCCCGAAACGACCCCGCGGCAGGCCCCGCCUCAACCCACCUAAAGAUCCCAACGCUCCAAAGAAGCCCCGCGGCAGACCACCUGCAGGGACCGUCACCUCCCCCAAGAAGAAGAAGAAGGCUGCAGCUAAGGCCAAGGUCACAUCCAGGUCCAGCACCCCUGGAAAGCGAGGCCGGCCCAAGAAGGUCGGCCGAAAACCCACUCCCAAGCCCCAGGAAGAGGAAGCUGACCAAUCAGAUGAGUAGAGAGGGUGCUAUUCAGUUUGUUCCCAUAACACGUCAGAUAUAACCCAGCCAGUCAUCAGGGAGAACAUUGUCUCUAUGGAAACACACCAGACUGUAAAAAAAAUGCAGUGGAUUGUGACUUUAUUUGUUACUGGAAACCUCAAGUUGGUAAAUCCCGUCAUCCGUGCAUGUUGUGUUUGAUCUUGUUCUUCCUAUACAAAGAAUGGCAACAUUCAAGACCCUUGGAUGAAUUGUUCAGUUUAGUGUUUGGCUGUCUGUGUAAUUUUACUUAAAAUCUUUGUCCAUUCUGACACAAAAUGCUGCAAUUUUUAUUACCCAACUCAGCCUGAUUUUUUUCCCUUUCUUUCAAAAGAUGGGGUGACUCCUAAAGUUUGAUUUGUCUGUUAUGUACUGUAUGUAACAUGUAAAUGAAGCAGAAACAAUGACAGGAAUGAAUGUAACAUCUCAGAUGUAUAAUAUUUGGUUUAAUUUAAUUGCAAGGUCUGCUUACCCCGGCUACAGCAAGCAGUUCCAGUCAGAUAAAAAGGCAGGAACUAGAUUUUUUUUUCAUGUAGUCUGAGGUUGAAGUAAAAGUGCUCGCAUUUGCAACCAGUCUCAAUUUUCAAAAAAAUAAUUUAAUUAUAAUCAACAUUUUGGUGAAUGUGACUUGCAAAUGGUUUGAGUGAAAGUUGCCUCGAUACUCAGAAAUUAAUUACCUAUAAUUGUUUAGCCAUGGUACUCUUUGUAUAAAGGAAUUAUUUCAAAUAAGCAGCUCAAGCUUAAUAGAAACAGAAAGCUCAUCUUCUAAGGUGCAUGUUUGCAAAAAACAUGAAUUGUGUAAAUAGUUGUGAAUGCCACAUCAGUAAGUCAGUUCAGUAUUCCAACAGCGCAUGCCCAGUACGAGGCUAUCCAGGAAAAGCUGUGCGCUCUCUCGAGAGUCUGGCCUAUAAGCACAGCCUUACGCUGACUCAUGUACGGUUGGUUCCUGAAAGACCUUGGUUUUUUGAAAUACCGAAACUGGCUCAUUUGAUUUGUUUCUUCCAAUGGAACUGUUGCUCUGUUCUUGUCUGGUACCUAGAAUACCCCCGGUGUAGUAUAGAGUACCAAAGUGGUUACGUAAUGAGCACAAUUAUGUGUGUAAAAGGCAUUAGCAUGAGAACCAGCGCAUGAACCAACACGCGAGAUACUCCAAUUGUUUGCACUUUACUUCCUGGUUCAAGAAGACUCUGUAACUUAUGUUUGCAUCCAUAAUUUCCUGCCAGAGCUUGGGAUUAAGUCUCUUGCCAGCACUUGCUCUACCUUGUAUUUACAACUGGAGAAUUCCUGAUUUUAGCUGUUGACUCAUAAUUGGAAAGAUCCCAUGAAAUGGUUAUUCCAAGCCACGUGUGGACUUUUGUGUAGUUUAGUUUAGUAAGGGUUUGAAUGACAAUAGACAUGGGGAGAAAACUUUUGAAGAAUAUUUGACAGUUAGGUUAUGAACACGUAACACUUUUGUCUUAAGCGUUGCAAUCUCUUGUCACUUUAUCAUGCAAUUCUUUUUAAAUCAGUGUAAAAAAAAUUUAUUCAGUGAAAUUUCCUUACGAUGAAUACCAACAGAUUUUUUUUUUUGUCACUCAAUGAAUUUCAGAUAUUGUAGUACCUUCACUGCCACUUCAUUUUGAAACUUGUAACUGUAUCAUGCGAAUGGCCUUGCUCGUACUAGGUAGCUUUGUUCACAUUUGUAGCCUUGUGUUUGGGUGUAAAUUGACAUGUAAUGCUUACACAAAAUAUUUAGAAUCUAGAUUUUGCGUGUAAUUCUUUUGUCGUCAGUAUGUGAAAUAACUGUUACAUGUUCAAAAAUCCCAAGUCUUGAUAAAAAAUAUCAUUUGCAUUUUAGAUUAGGUCAAAUAAUCACUGUAAAGGAUUCUUUUUCCUUUUUUUUUUCAAGUGAAAAGAUUUGGAAUGAUGUGUCCCCCAGUAAAGAAUACCCUCAAAAUGUUUGUGUAUAACAUAAACUUGCAUCUUAUUUCUUGUCCUCUUUAUCUCAAGUUCUUUUAACUGUAUGUUUCAGUGGGUGCUUUUAAAGUUAACCAAAAUUAUGUAGGGAAACCUCCUCUUUUUAUAUUGAUGCUUAAUGGUUGAGAGGCUAGUGCAAACAUGUUUCUUACUCUUGUUUUAGUCGUACAAAAUUUAGCUUCAGUUGAAAUCCCUUAAUUAAUUUUAGUUAGUACCGACACAUGUAAAUUGAAGUAUGUUUAAAAUAGACCUUGUUGAGAAGAUUUGAGCAGGUAAGAAAUUGGUGACAUCUUUUAUGUGGCUUUGUAACAUGCGUGCCUGCAUUUUUUAUGGGUGGAAUAAAAAAUCUAAUUUCAAUUAUCCUGUGAGAUGAUCAUUUUCAGAAAUACUGUCUUCUAGAGUCAGAACUGAAUAAGAUAAAUUUCAUUUAUCAUACUAACAGUAGGAGAGGUUUACUCAGAAGUUAAUCUGAUGUGUGAGUACAUUGUACAUGUAUUUUUAAAAAAAGUUAUGUCAUUCAAGUAACUUGUCUUCAAAACAAUCCUGUUAUGAUUCAAAAUAAGGCACAUGUAUGAUAGCAGUUUUAUGAUAACAAGCCAAUUGUUUCAAUUGUAGGAUUUAACAUAAUUUUGUCCCAAAUUGUGUUUUUAAAGAAAAUUUUUGCAUCCCUUCACAGUGACAGCUACUUAGUUCACCUUUCACUGUAUUUAUGAUAAAACCCCAAUUGAAAUCUGUUUCUCAUAUAUCUUUGUUUUUGCCUGAAAAUAUGACGCAUUUAUAUUCAUGUUAAAGUUUUUAGUAGUAUAAAAAUACAAAUAUUGUAGAGUACCUGAAUCUGUAUUUUUCCCGUGGACAAAAUAAAAGUUGUAGGUUGUAGUAAAGCUUUGUUUUGAGUGUUCACAAAGAGUUCCCCCCGAAAGGGUGUGGCUUCAGGAUGGGGAGGAUAUUUUGUAUAAAUUUGUGCAUUUAGACCUGAAAUGGCCAGUAUAGUUUAUGUUCAAUAGACGGAGAUGAUUGGUGAUUUCAAUUCAAGAUUUCCAUUUGUUUAGAGGGCAGUGUAGGGGGAAUAAAACAUGCAGUCCAAGAUGAAGUGAAUAUA